AUGACAUUUAUUUUGAUUUAUGAGGGGUUGACACUUUAAUUUUGAGGUUAAAUGUAAAUAUGAUCUAAAAAUAUAGAAGAAUACCGAAAUAUUGUAAUUUGUCUAUGUGAGUUACAUUCAGCAAUAGGGAGAUAACAUUUGCAAAUUUGUUCAUCAAAAUGUUUACAAUCAAAGAUGUUCGUGUGGCUAAACAAUUAGUAAGACUUAACUCAACUGCACCAACAGAGUUUGUUAAUAGAAACCCUAGAAACUUAGAGCGAAUGCGCAUUGGAAGAAAACCUGAUGGAUAUCACUUAGAUAAACCUGGACGAAAAUUUUGGCAUAAACUUGUCAUUACUCCAAGCACUAGAACAAUUACUGCGCAAGUAGUACAUUACAUGAAUGGACCUGUGGUAGAAGCUAAAACAUCGGAAUGGGCUUUAAAAAAACAACUGUAUAGUGUUGUUGAUACCUGUGCUUACAUUAAUUUAGGUAGAGUUCUGGCCCAAAGAUGCCUAGAAUUUGGAAUAUCUGAAGUGUAUUGUGAUUUGAAACCCUUAGAAGGAAGUAAAAUCGAGAAAUUUCUUAAAGAAGUAGAAAACGGAGGUAUUAAAUUGCAAGAAUUGGAUGUCUAUAAAAAACCAAAUCCAUGGGAUCAGUUUAGACCAGAAAAGCCAUGGGAAGUUACAGAAGAAUAAUUUUAACUAAUAUUUCUUAAGAAUGAUUAUUGUUAUUGUAGAUAUUAAAAUAAAUAAUAGAAGAAAUAA